AAAAAUCUCCUCUAGAGCUUCCGAAGGCUGAAUGGGCCAAACAUGAAGAGCUUGAAAGCGAAGUUCAGGAAGAGUGAUACCAAUGAGUGGAACAAGCACGAUGACCGGCUGCUGCAGGCCGUGGAGAAUGGGGAUGCGGAGAAGGUGGCCUCGCUGCUGGGCAAGAAGGGGGCCAGUGCCACCAAGCACGACAGCGAGGGCAAGACCGCUUUUCAUCUUGCUGCUGCAAAAGGACAUGUGGAAUGCCUCAGGGUCAUGGUCACGCAUGGUGUGGAUGUGACAGCCCAAGAUACUACCGGACACAGUGCUUUACACCUCGCAGCCAAGAACAGCCACCAUGAGUGCAUCAAGAAGCUCCUGCAGUCUAAAUGUCCAGCCGAAAGUGUUGACAGCUCUGGGAAAACAGCUUUACAUUAUGCAGCGGCACAAGGCUGCCUUCAAGCUGUGCAGGUUCUCUGUGAGCACAGGAGCCCCAUAAACCUCAAGGAUGUGGAUGGGAAUAUACCGUUAAUUCUUGCAGUACAAAAUGGCCACAGUGAGGUCUGUCGCUUUCUCCUGGAUCAUGGAGCAGAUGUGAAUUCCAGGGACAAAAAUGGAAGAACUGCUCUCAUGCUGGCCUGUGAGAUUGGCAGCUCUAACAUUGUGGAAGCCUUAAUUAAAAAGGGUGCAGACCUAAAUCUUGUAGAUUCUCUUGGAAACAAUGCCUUACAUUAUUCCAAACUCUCAGAAAAUGCAGGAAUUCAAAGCCUUCUAUUAUCAAAAAUCUCUCAGGAUGCUGAUUUAAAGACCCCAACAAAACCAAAGCAGCAUGAUCAAGUCUCUAAAAUAAGCUCAGAAAGAAGUGGAACUCCAAAAAAACGCAAAGCUCCACCACCUCCUAUCAGUCCUACCCAGUUGAGUGAUGUGUCUUCCCCAAGAUCAAUAACUUCAACACCACUUUCAGGAAAGGAAUCAGUAUUUUUUGUUGAACCACCCUUCAAGGCUGAGAUCAGUUCUAUACGAGAAAACAAAGACAGACUAAGUGACAGUACUACAGGUGCUGAUAGUUUAUUGGAUAUAAGUUCUGAAGCUGACCAACAAGAUCUUCUUGUCCUACUGCAAGCAAAAGUUGCUUCCCUUACUUUACACAAUAAGGAGUUACAAGAUAAAUUACAGGCAAAAUCACCCAAGGAGGCAGAAGCAGAUCUAAGCUUUGACUCUUACCAUUCCACCCAAACUGACUUGGCCCCAUCCCUGGGCAAACGUAAUGAAACAUCUCCUGAAGACUCCAAAUCAUCUCCAUCUGUCCUAACACAUUCCCUGAGUAAAUCCACUAUCAACAGUGAUAUCAGAAUUCAGCAACUGCAAGAGAUGUUGCAAGACUUGCAGAAGAGAUUAGAGAGCUCUGAAGGAGAGAGGAAACAGCUACAGGCCAAACUCCAGUCCCAAAGGACAGAACUGGUGUGCUUAAACAACACAGAAAUUUCAGAGAAUGGCUCUGACCUCAGCCAGAAACUUAAAGAAACGCAGAGCAAGUAUGAGGAGGCCAUGAAAGAAGUCCUUAGUGUGCAGAAACAGAUGAAACUGGGUCUCCUCUCACCUGAGAGCGUGGAUAGUUACUCACAUCUCCAAGAGCUGAGGGUCACCGAGGAGGAAAUAGAUGUGCUGAAGCAGGAUUUGCAGAAGGCACUAGAAGAAAGUGAAAGAAAUAAAGAGAAAGUAAGAGAGUUAGAGGAAAAACUUAUAGAGAGGGAGAAGGGUGUAGUGAUUAAGCCCCCUGUGGAAGAGUAUGAGGAAAUGAAAAGUUCAUAUUGCUCUCUUAUUGAGAAUAUGAAUAAGGAGAAAGCAUUUUUGUUUGAGAAAUACCAAGAGGCCCAAGAAGAAAUCAUGAAGUUAAAAGACACACUAAAAAGUCAGAUGACGCAGGAAGCCAAUGAUGAAACUGGGGACAUGAAAGAGGCCAUGAACAGGAUGAUAGAUGAACUCAAUAAACAGGUGAGCGAGCUGUCACAGCUGUACAAAGAAGCCCAGGCUGAGCUGGAGGAUUAUAGAAAGAGGAAAUCUCUAGAGGAUGUAACAGCCGAAUAUAUCCAUAAAGCAGAGCAUGAUAAACUGAUGCAAGUGACCAACGUGUCCAGGGCUAAAGCAGAAGAGGCACUGUCCGACAUGAAGUCUCAGUAUUCAAAAGUGUUGAAUGAGUUGACCCAGCUGAAACAACUGGUAGACGCACAGAAAGAGAACUCUGUCUCCAUCACAGAACAUUUGCAAGUGAUAACCACACUGCGGACUACUGCAAAAGAGAUGGAAGAAAAAAUAAGUAGUCUUAAAGAGCACCUUGCAAGCAAGGAAGUGGAAGUGGCAAAGCUGGAGAAACAACUCCUAGAAGAGAAAGCUGCUGUGACCGAUGCAAUGGUAUCCAGGUCUUCCUAUGAAAAGCUCCAGUCAUCCUUAGAGAGUGAAAUGAGUGUGUUGGCAUCUAAAUUAAAAGAGUCAGUUAAAGAGAAAGAGAAGGUCCAUUCCGAGGUUGUCCAGAUCAGAAGUGAGGUCUCACAAGUGAAAAGGGAAAAGGAAAAUAUUCAGGCUCUCUUGAAAUCCAAAGAGCAAGAAGUAAAUGAACUUCUGCAAAAAUUCCAGCAAGUUCAGGAAGAACUUGCAGAAAUGAAAAGGUAUUCUGAGAGCUCUUCAAAACUAGAGGAAGAUAAAGAUAAAAAGAUAAAUGAGAUGUCGAAGGAAGUCACCAAAUUGAAGGAGGCCCUCAACAGCCUCUCGCAGCUCUCCUACUCAACAAGCUCGUCCAAAAGACAGAGUCAGCAGGUGGAAGCGCUGCAGCAGCAGGUCAAGCAGCUACAGACCCAGCUGGCUGAAUGCAAGAAACAACAUCAGGAGGUCAUUUCAGUUUACAGAAUGCAUCUUCUAUAUGCUGUGCAGGGCCAGAUGGAUGAAGAUGUCCAGAAAGUACUGAAGCAAAUCCUUACCAUGUGUAAAAACCAGUCCCAGAAGAAGUAAAGUGGAUUCCUUGGC